UUUUAUGUCGGUGGAAAUUCUUAAAAAUUAAAAAGAAAAAAGAAGGGGAAAAAAACCCAAAAACCAAUUGGCAUACACACUGCUACUACUACACUAAAUGAGAUCUACACUUUGAAUAUCCAAAUCGAGCUCUUUUCAUACUUAGCUAAAAGGCACACUGUUAUGCAAAGAACCCUUUUCUUUGUUCCCAUUUCACCACCAGAAUUUGUGCAUAUAUAGAUAUAGGUAUAUAUAUAUAUGCACAAAAAGUUAUAUAAGCAAUUCAGGGAAAGAAGAGAAUCAAAGGGUUGUCUUGAUUUUAGUUUCUUGACCUAUUUCAGCAAGGAAGAUUGUAACUGUUGCUAAUUUGGUAUGUGAAGCCGGAUGGAAAAUUUAUGAUCUUAAGGAGGUACACGUUUUUGGCGUUUCUUGAGGCCUUAAGGUGUGCAUCUGAGAAGCGAGUUUUGGGAUGGGUUGUGAAUGUUCCAAACCCAGCUGUUGUUGGACUGCAGAACAAUAUGGUCCAGGACAUGAGGCCCUAAAUGCUGAAAAUGAGGAGAAAAGUGAAGUUAGUGAUCUGCCCGUUUUUCGUGAAUUCACUAUUGAACAACUGAAGAUAGUCACAUCAGGAUUUGCUGUAGAGAACAUAGUUUCAGAACAUGGAGAGAAAGCACCCAAUGUUGUUUACAGAGGGAAGCUAGAAAAUCAGAGACGGAUUGCAGUCAAACGCUUUAACAGAUCUGCUUGGCCUGAUUCCCGUCAGUUCUUGGAAGAAGCAAGAGCUGUUGGUCAACUCAGGAACCAUAGAUUAGCAAAUCUACUAGGCUGUUGCUAUGAAGGUGAUGAAAGGUUACUUGUAGCAGAAUUUAUGCCCAAUGAGACACUUGCAAAACAUCUUUUCCAUUGGGAAGCGCAACCAAUGAAGUGGGCAAUGCGGUUAAGGGUGGCUCUGUUUGUAGCACAAGCUUUAGAAUAUUGUACGAGUAAAGGACGGGCACUUUAUCAUGACCUCAAUGCUUAUAGAAUAGUCUUUGAUGAUGAUGGUAAUCCCCGCUUGUCAUGCUUUGGUUUAAUGAAGAACAGCAGGGAUGGAAAAAGCUACAGCACAAACCUGGCAUUUACUCCUCCAGAGUACCUUCGGACUGGGAGAAUUACUCCGGAAAGUGUGAUGUAUAGCUUUGGCACACUUCUGCUUGAUCUUCUCAGUGGAAAACAUAUUCCCCCAAGCCAUGCUCUUGAUCUGAUUAGGGACAGAAAUCUUCAAAUGCUGACUGAUUCUUGCUUGGAAGGUCAAUUUUCCAGUGAUGAUGGAACUGAGCUAGUACGUUUGGCCUCACGAUGUCUACAAUAUGAGCCUCGUGAGCGACCAAAUCCAAAGUCAUUAGUUGCUUCAUUGAUUCCUCUGCAGAAGGAGAUUGAGGUUCCUUCACAUGUAUUGAUGGGUAUACCACAUGGUGGUGAAGCUAUGUCACUGUCUCCUCUUGGAGAGGCCUGCCAAAGAAUGGAUUUGACUGCUAUGCAUGAGAUCCUGGAGAAACUUGGCUACAAGGAUGAUGAGGGAGCAGCUACAGAGCUUUCCUUUCAGAUGUGGACAAACCAGAUGCAGGAAACUUUGAAUUCUAAGAAGAAGGGUGAUGUUGCUUUUCGCCAUAAAGAGUUGAAGGCUGCAAUUGAAUGCUACACACAGUUUGUUGAGGUGGGGACCAUGGUAUCGCCAACCGUCUUUGCUCGUCGUAGUCUGUCCUAUCUUAUGAGUGACAUGCCACAAGAGGCUCUGAAUGAUGCAGUUCAAGCACAAGUGAUAUCUCCUGUUUGGCACAUCGCUUCAUACUUGCAAGCUGCUGCUCUUUUUGCUUUGGAUAAGGAAAAUGAAGCACAAAUUGCUCUAAAAGAGGGUUCCGUUCUUGAAGAGAAAAGGAAUAUGACUUCCUUGAGAUAAAAGAGUUAACCAAGCGUUGGCUAUCUUCAUUUAAAAUUGCUCCAUUCUGGGAAAAGAUACAAGUAAAAUACAUCUUGGUUUCUGGUGCGGAAAGCUUAGAGGCUCUUCAGUUAUUCAACUUCAAGAAAAAUCAAGAGCUAAACACUACAAACUCUUAUGAUUCUCGAGUAACUGGUUCGGUGGUGUCGUUGAAACAUUCUUUUGGGAACAUCAAAUAGGUGGUUUGUUUCGGUUAGGUUGGUAGAGUCUUUCUCUGUUGAUAGUAGACUAAAGCUUUCCCAAUUAUACAAGUCUUUGGGGAUAAGUUGUUGCAAUUGGAAGGAAUUAUUCUUUCAUAAACAGGUCAAGAGGUCGGGAUUUUCUCGUUACAUGCACAGGCUGGUUGGAGAACAUUGCCAUGCUGUAAUUUAUGUACAGUGCUACAUGGCUUGUUCAUGCUUGAGAUUUGGCUGGUUCUUGUUUCUUGUAUUUGACUAUUUUUCUUGGUACUUUUUGUUGUGAAUUUUAAGGGAUUUUGAUGUCCAACAACAUUUGACUCCUUGUAAAUUGCGUAUGAGUUAGCAGCAAGUUAUUACUUUCUUUGC